CGUGUUUAUUGGAUACUCCAGGGCACUGCCGGUUCGCGGGAAAUAGGCAUCUUCGUAGUGCAGAUUAGUCAUUAGCGAGGAUAAAAAAUAGGGUGGUUAACCAUUAUUUUAACUGUAUGAACUAAAAUAACAAAGAUUUUAGUCGUUAUGCAGGCGUGCGCAAAAAAUCUGUAACUGUCAAUCUUGAGUGAUUCAUCGAUAUAAUACGUUUGUUUUCGGUCCUAUUGUACUAGCCGCCAAGCUAAUAAUCCAGACACUGGCGCGGUUAGCUUUCCCAACCUCUUUCCUAGCUAUAAUUUGGCUGAGAAAGAGUUUUAUAUCUAAUAACGCUACACUGACAGCUGGGUAGUUAACUGUUAAGAUAGUUGCUUCAGAAAUAAUGAGUUUAUUUAAUCUGGAUCGGUUCCGUUAUGGAGCAAUUAAGACGAGCAAUAAAAUACAAAUUGACACGACAUCACCGGUACAAGAGCAACACAGCAGCUGGUCCUCAAGUCCGGACUCGGAAAAAGAGAAUAAACCAAUACCAGAAACUCCGGUGCACAAACGGCCAUUUGGGAAAAAGCAAGGGAGAGAGGACGAGCUGGAGGAGCAGGACUCAGACUCGGGAGACUCUGCUGGUUCCAGAGCUGACAUGCCAGUGAGAAAAAUAAAGACAUGUGGACGGAAGCGUGCCAUGGGGUCGAAAGCACAGGACUCUGGGUGUUCAGACGCGGGGGAGGACGAGGAGACUGAGGAGAAGGUGUCCAAGCUGCAGGAGAUUUUCCCACAGAGGGACAGGCAGCAGCUGCUGGAGAUCGCCAAAAGCACAAGCACUUUGCCCGGAGCUGUGGCCUCCUGCCUCAUGAUGUUCGGGGAUGACGAUCCCGACUCCUCGCGGAAGAGGAAGCUGGACGGGUCCGGCGACAGCUCCCAGGACGGCGACGCUGCCCAGCCCAGUAAGAGGCGGCGGCCAUCUGCGGCCAGCGACUCUGACCUGGAGGGGGCGGAGCCAAACUGGGAGAAGCAGGAAGCCAUGGUGAAGAGGCUGCAGAGGAAGUUCCCUGACCUGGACAAAGAGGAGCUGCGUGCUGUCCUUGAGGAACACGACUGGGACUGCGACGAUGCCCUGGAAGUGCUUCGCCUGUUCUCAGACCAAGAUGAGGAGUCCAGCUCCCCAGAGGCCCAGGAGAAGAAGCCCAAAGCCGCCCGGAGCUCCAGAGACGCCCGGCCGAGCGACGCCCGCCCCCCGAAAGGCGGCAAACGGGCCGGCGGCGGCGGCGCGGGCGCUGGGGACGGCCGAGCGUCUGAGCUCUCGGGGUGGCUGACCUCCGAAAGCGCGGCGAAGCGUACCCUGCCCCCGCCAGCGGUGGGGAAGGCCCAGAACGGGAUCGGCCCGGGGAAGGCCCAGAACGGGAUCGGCCCGGGGAAGGCCCAGAACGGGCCCGCCACGGCGAAGGCACAGGCGUCAGAGCGGAGGCGGCGGGCGGAGGAGAGGAUGGCGGCGGACGGCAGCUCCGCGGACGAGGACUCGGCCGACAGCGAGUUCGGGGGUUCCUCGGAGGAGGAGGAGGAGGGGCUGGACUCGGACUGCGAGGACGGGGUGGGCCCCCAGCUGAGAGGCCGGAUCCUGGCCUUCUUCCAGGAGGCGUCGCUGGACGAGCUCUCCCUCAUCGCCGGCUGCUCGGUGAAGAAGGCCCAGAAGAUCGCCGAGCUGCGGCCCUUCAGGGUGUGGCGGGACCUGGAGGAGGUCUUCCACAAGGCGAACGGCCUCUCCAUGGAGCUGGUGUGGGGCUGCCGCCUGGUGCUGAAGGAGCGGGAGGUGGUGCUCGGCCUGAUGGGAAAGUGCGAGACCAUCGCCCGCCGCAUGAUGGAGGACGUGACCCGGGUCAUCGAGAGGGGCGUGGGCUCCAUGAAGCAGCCCUCCGUCCUCAACAGCAGACUCCAGCUGAAGCCGUACCAGCUGAUUGGACUGAACUGGCUGGUUCUGCUGCACCAGCACAAGCUGAGCGGCAUCUUGGCGGAUGAGAUGGGUUUGGGGAAGACGAUCCAGGCCAUCUCCUUUCUGGCCAGCCUGUACCAGGACGGCAACACGGGCCCCCAUCUCAUCAUUGUGCCCUCCUCUACCCUGGAUAACUGGGUGAGGGAGCUGAAACUGUGGUGUCCCAGUUUGGCGGUGCUCGUCUACUACGGGUCCGCGGAAGACCGCAGGUACCUGCGCCACGACAUCCUCAGCAAGGAGGUGGAGUUCAACAUCAUUGUGACCACGUACAACACUGCGAUUGGGAACGAGUACGACCGGAGCCUGUUCCGGAAGCUUCGGCUGGAGUACGCCGUGUUCGACGAGGGCCACAUGCUGAAGAACAUGAACUCCAUGCGCUAUCGCCACCUCAUGGCCAUCAACGCUCAUUACCGCCUCCUGCUGACGGGAACCCCCCUGCAGAACAACCUGCUGGAGCUGAUGUCCCUGCUCAACUUCAUCAUGCCCACCAUGUUCUCCAGCAGCACCUCGCAGAUCGCCAAGAUGUUCUCCAUGAAAUCUGCGGAGGAAAAGAGCAGCUUCGAGCAGGACAGGAUCGCUCACGCCAAGCUCAUCAUGAAGCCCUUCAUCCUCAGGAGGGUGAAGAGUGAGGUGCUGAAGCAGCUGCCGGACAAGGAGGAACGGCUGGAGUUCUGCCCCAUGAGCGAGAAGCAGCAGGAGCUCUACUCCGCCCUGUUCCAGAGGUCGAAGCGCUCGGCUAGCGCUGAGAAGCGGGUGCUCCUGAACGUGAUGAUGGCGCUGAGGAAGAUGGCGAACCACCCGCUGCUGCACAGGCAGUACUACACCGCCGAGAAGCUGGCCGUCAUGAGCCGCCUCAUGCUCAAGGAGCCCUCCCACCGCGACUCGGACCCCGCCCUCGUCCAGGAGGACAUGGAGGUGAUGUCGGACUUCGAGCUGCACCGGCUGUGCCAGCAGUACCCCGUCCUCUGGGAGCACCAGCUGGACAGCGAGAGGCUGCUGGACUCGGGCAAGUUCAGGCUGCUCACCACCCUGCUGGCCUCCCUCAAAGAGCAGGGCGACCGCGUGGUUCUGUUCAGCCAGUUCACCAUGAUGCUGGACCUGGUGGAGGUGCUGAUGACUCACCUGAGCCACCGCUACGUGCGGCUGGACGGCUCCGUCCCCAUGGCCGACAGAAUCGGCCUGAUCGACCAGUUCAACACGGACCCCGACAUCUUCGUCUUCCUCAUCUCCACGCGGGCGGGGGGCCUGGGCAUCAACCUGACCUCCGCCAACGUGGUCAUUGUGCAUGACAUCGACUGCAACCCCUACAACGACAAGCAGGCCGAGGACCGCUGCCAUCGGGUGGGCCAGACCAGGACGGUGAAGGUGAUUAAGCUGAUCAGCAGGGACUCCAUAGAGGACUGCAUGCUGCGUUUGGGCCAGAAGAAGCUCAAGCUGGAGCAGGACAUGACCGCCGCCGAGGAAGGUGGUGAGGGUUCGAUGCCAGAGAACAUGGCGUCCCUACUGAAAACGUCUCUGGGACUGUAAGCUCUCCAUAACCCCCCUCAACCCCAACCACUACCAGUACUGUAUUAACUCCAAACCCCCCGGCUCCCCCCCCCUCCUCCUGGCCUAGACCACAUUCCGGGAGACACCUCCCACCCCACGGGUGGACUGGGACCAGCCGUUGGGACGCCCCUAUCCGACCUCCCUCCCCCCAGGUUUUCUGCACUACAGCAUGAACUGAGCAGAGGCAAGGGGGACUCAGGGGGAGGGGGGGGGGGGUUAUUUGUGUUUGUAUCGUAAUCGUUGAUGCUAAACAUCUUGUUGUCGUUUUUUUUGUAUUUUUUGACCUUUAUUUACUGUGCUGCUAGAACAAAGUUUUGCGAGUUUAAAACUGUCUAAUAAAGAUUUCACAUUAAUGGAGA